UUUCGAGAGCCUUAGAUAAAAUAACUAGAGUCAACCUUGUUCCCAUGUUAGAGUUGUUAUUGCCAAAUUUAUGAUUCUUUAAAAUUAUGGCGGAUAUUUUAUAUGUUUUAACGAUCGCGUUUGUACUUCCAUUUGUGAUCGCAGGCCACACUUGUAACACGUACACAUGGUUAAGUAGCUCCGCGGAAUACUGCUCUUAUGGAUGUUGCACUGAUCCUGAUCAUUUAAACUAUGAAAAGUGUUGUGACAGUUAUUAUUCCCUCGCUGUCGGACCCAUCGUCGGCAUUGUGGUUGGCUGUGCGAUUCUGAUCGGCACCGUUAUCAGCAUUAUCGUCUGCUGUGUCUGCUGUACGCGGAACUCACGUGGGCAGCAAGGGCAAACUUUCACUACGGCAGCUAGCGGCCCUUACAUCAUGAAUCAUAUGACACACGGGGCCCAGAUGCGACAGGCACAUUACGGCCAGCAGCCGUACCCGGCUCAGCCACCCCUUCAAACCGGACAUAUGGCCCCGGGAACAACCGGUGUCAACAACCCGGCGAUGCAGGGGCCUUCUCCAUAUGGAAAAGGCGUCGCCAAUUAGAAUGGCGUUUUAUGUCAAGAUAUUCAAACUCGUUAACUUGCUGAUAGUUUUUUUGAGGCGGAAAUAAAAGUGCGAACAUGUGCAUCUACAUUAUGAGCGUGCAUUUAGUAAAAACACCUCAACGGUCGACAAUGGAUCAAACGGUUCCAUAAGAAUAUGAUCACUUAUCUGCGUUUUCUUAAAGGAAAUCUUACAUUAAGUCAUUUACAGAAAACUGAUUAAAUCAAUUAGCCUUAAUCGUCAGUUAAUUAUACAACGAAAAUACAGGGACAAGCCUUGUAACCGAAAAUUAAAAAAAUAAACCCAGCUAAGAGGUACAUUACAAGUGUCCAAAUGAUAAUGAACUAUAAACACAAACAUUAUAACAUCACAAGCACAAAUUUAAACACUCAAAACAAACCUUCACCAUAUACACAAAUACAAACACCCAAAACACACUUACUCAAUAUACACAAAUAUAAACACCAAAAACAUACUUACCGCAUAAUCCCAAAUGAAAACAAACUUACACCCUAUACACAAAUACAAAAACCACAAACAAAUCUUCAUCCAAAUUGCUUUACCGUUAAAUGUUGGGAGUACCGCCUUGGAACUAUCAGUGACACAAAAAGGGCAUUCACAUAAGUUUUCACUUGUAUUUUCACCUUGAUAUCUCAUUUAAUAUAAUACAAAUCCUGUUUUAUUUCAUGGUUAAGUGAGUAUGGUAGUGUAUUGUGCGAAAAAAUUAUCCAUUGAAAAACUUUUUUUGAAAGACAUGUUUGAAUAAAUAACACCGUUCAUCAUUGUUUUAUAUGUCAUUUAAGGUGUGUUUUAUUGUAAUGGUUAAACUACUAUUAAAAUCGCUGCAAGAAAUUAACAAAUUCCUGUAACGUACAAUAAUGAGUCAAAGGCCCAAGCUAACCCAUCUCUUUCAGUGGUUCGUGGUACCAGAGUUGACAGGUAUUAUAUUGUGAGAAACAGGACUGAAGUCAGUUUAAUCAGCCAAUUAAAGGCAUAUAAGCUUUUAAACUUCCGCCUAUGAAUCUGAAUAAAUAAGCCAGGUGAGAUGCAGGAAAUCAACAAUCAUCAGUUCAUGUAACAUGAUUCAUAUAAAGUUGUGAAUCCAAAGGCAAUGACUAUAUAUUUUAUUUCACGAGUGUCAUAGAAUUAGAUAUUUUUACAAGUUGCGAA